AUGGGUCAAACACUAUCUGAACCGGUUACUUCGAAAGAUUCUCAAAAAGUCGAAAAUCAUAUCUAUUCAGUUGGAAGUAGUAGUAUGCAAGGAUGGCGUAUUAACAUGGAAGACGCACAUACACAUAUUUUGACGCUUCCCGAAGACCCAACAUGUGCAUUUCUCGCCGUUUAUGAUGGACAUGGAGGAGCAAAAGUUGCCCAACAUUCAUGUAAACAUCUUCAUACUCGCAUUGCUAAUCAACCAGAAUUUAAAGAGGGAAAUAUCGAAGCAGCUAUUCGAAAAGGUUAUUUGGAAUUCGAUAAAGAAAUGUCCGUGGAUGAAGAUAUGAGAGAAGAUCUCGCGGGUACAACAGCUAUUUGUGUUCUAGUUAAAGAUCAAAAACUUUAUUGUGGCAAUGUUGGUGAUAGCCGAGCAAUCGCAUCAGUGAAUGGAAAUGUAGAGACAUUAUCUGUUGAUCAUAAGCCAAACAAUGAUGACGAAAGAAAACGAAUCACAGCUGCUGGAGGAUGGGUAGAAUUCAAUCGUGUCAAUGGUAAUUUGGCAUUGUCGCGAGCACUUGGUGACUUUAUAUUCAAACGCAAUACGGACAAACGAGCGGAAGAACAAGUUGUAACAGCUGCGCCGGAUGUAACUGUAAAAACCGUUACUGAAGAUUGGGAAUUCAUUUUACUUGCAUGUGAUGGUAUUUGGGACGUACUGAGUAAUGAAGAAGUAUUGAAAUUUGUUCGAGCCCGUGUCGCUCAACAAAUGCCACCAGAAACGAUCUGUGAGGAGUUAAUGACGCGUUGUUUAGCGCCAAAUUGUCAAAUGGGUGGUCUGGGUUGUGAUAAUAUGACAGUUGUAUUAUGUCUUCUACUUCAUGGACAACCGUACUCCGUCCUGGCCAGUAAAUGUUCAAAGAAUCUAGCAAAUGGUGAUGUGUCAUCCUCGUCGUCGUCAUCGCCUACUGAAACAAUCCCAUCGAAAUGA